GACCGAUCUUCCUCCUUCUUCCACCAGCACCACCACUACUACUACCUUACUAUUCAUCAUGCUGUGGUCCAAGUAUCGCCCGCCAGACUGAAGUAACUGGUCUUUUUUCCGUUGCUUGCGCUUCCUAACACUACAGUCGGUCGCUACCCGCUCUGCGCUGCUCUGCUCUGCACUGCACUGCUCUGCACUGCUCUGCUCUGCUCUCCUCUGCUUUGCUGUCUUGGUGGAUCAAUCUCUUGGUGCACGCACGCACCUACCCACCCAUCCACACGCCCGCCCGCACGCACGCACGUUGGGAGGCGGCGGACUGCUGUUGGUCGCGGCCUUGGUACAUUACUCGGUGGAGAGGUGUUGCGCUGCUGCCGCUGCUGCUACUACCGCUGCUGCUGCGUGUUUCAUACAUACUGCCUGCCUGUCUGCCUGCCUGCCUGUCUAUUUGCCUAAGGUACCUAGAAACUCAGCUCCUCUACCCGCCUGGCCCAGCGACCUGGUGAGGCGCCCGGCAUAGCGUCGACGACUGCUGCCCUGCCCUGCCUGCCCUGCUGCCCACCUUUCCCGCACCAUGGCCGAAACGGAGAUGGCGAAUGCGAAUCGCUCUCAGACGGCGUGGGUGUCGAAUCCUACCGCCAGCAGGAUUCUGAACUACCUGCAGAUCGCCUACCCCAUCGUCCUCCUGGUCCUCUACCUCACCACCUUUACCGUGCGCAGCGUCGUUACCGCCCGCAGCGAUCAUGAUACGCACCAGCAGCCCGAACAGCUGGGGCCGGGGGGCAAGCCACUGCCUAAGAAGAAGCAUACUACACCCAAGAAAGAGUCGGAAAUCACGCCAGACCUGGACUUUGCGCGCCCCCGCAAGCUGCUCUUCGAGUGGCUGUCGGUGGGCGUGGUCCUCUCGCUGAGCGCCAAUAUACUCGUAGUCGUCGUGCACGCCAUAUCGGCACGCCACGAGGGCUGGUGGUGCGGUCAAGCACCGACGAUCUACUUGGUGGGCUCCUUCAUGGUCUACAUACUACUCAUCAUCCACAUGAUCGAAUCGAAGCCCUCGCCCACCCUGGCGCACUUUGCGACAUGGGUUACCGCAAUCCUCAUGGAGACCAUUCUGCUGGGAGCCUCGUUCGCCGUGUACACCUCUGAGCACCGCGAGCCAAAAGCUGGACAUCCUCGUGGGGGGGAGCUGCGGAGGGACAUGUCGGAGUGGGAGAUUACCGAGGUGACGAUCGACAUUAUCCGCAUUUUCAUCCUGCUCGCGCUAGCCGCCUUCUAUACGCUGUUCGUCUUUCUCCACGACCUGGUCGUCCAUAAGCGGUCACCAUCACCACCACACGCCGCCUCCGAGGGCGACGAGACCACGGCCCUACUGUCGAAUGGUCACGCAGACGAGACCGGCGGCAAUCAUCAUCAUGGCGCGGCCAACGGCACCACGCAUGCGGCCUACGGCGCCACCAAUGGCAAAGCGCACGGACCUGCUGGUGCCAGCAACGGACAGGGCCGUCGCCGCCACGAGGAAGUGCCCGCGGGAUGGGAGAAGCCCAAGCAGACGCCCUCCCGGAGCUGGUGGGAGUACAUUCGAGCAUAUGCCGUCUUCCUGCCCUACAUCUGGCCCUCCAAGGAACCCAAGUUGCAGCUCAACUUUGUCAUUUGCUUCGUCAUCGUCUUCAUCCAGCGUGGCAUCCAGAUCUUGGUCCCUAUCCAGCUGGGAGAGAUUACCAGGAUCCUUGCGGAAGGCGAUGUCUACAUGCCCUGGAUUGCCAUCAGCCUGUAUAUCGUCUACCGUCUGUUCCAAGGCUCCAAUGGGCUGCUGGGCGCUGCCCGACAAGUGCUAUGGAUACCCAUUGAACAAUACUCCUACCGGGAGUUGUCGGUGGCCGCAUUUGAGCACGUCCACGAGCUGAGCCUAGACUUUCAUCUGGGGAAAAAGACGGGCGAGGUAUUGUCUGCGCUGGGCAAAGGCGCAUCACUCAAUACAUUCCUGGAGUCGGUCACGUUCAACGUGCUUCCCAUGCUCAUUGAUCUGGGCGCUGCGUUUGUCGUCUUUCUCGUCGAGUUCGAUGCCUACUAUGCAUUGGUGAUCGUCGUCGUCACCUUCUGGUACAUCUACAUCACGAUCCGCAUGGCGGCUUGGCGCGCCGAGAUCCGUCGAGAGGCCACCAAUGCGAGCAGAGAGGAAGAUGCGGUCAAGAACGACUCCAUGAUGUCCUACGAGACGGUAAAGUACUUUAACGCAGAGGCAUACGAGUUCAAUCGCUAUCGUGAGGCGGUCAAGAAGUACCAAAAGGCCGAGUACCAGGUCACGUUCUCGUUGGCCCUUAUGAACACGAUUCAGAAUCUGGUCUUUAUGUUUGGCCUCAUUAUUGCCAGUCUCCUCGCGGCCUACCAAGUCACCACGGGCCUGCUCGGCGUAGGCAAGUUUGUGCUGCUCGUCACCUACAUGACGCAACUGCAGGGCCCACUGAACUUCUUCGGCACCUUCUACCGCAUGAUCCAGAACAACAUGAUCAACUCGGAACGGAUGCUCGAGCUGUUCAAAGAGAAGCCCACCGUAGUCGACAGCCCGGACGCUCAGACCCUGCCGUCGUGCGAAGGUGAGAUUCGGUACAAUCAGGUGCAAUUCUCGUACGACAAUCGGAAACCCGCAUUACAAGGUCUCGACUUUACCUGCCCGCCGGGCACGACGACUGCACUCGUGGGAGAGUCAGGGGGUGGAAAGUCGACUGUAUUCCGGUUACUAUUCCGAUUCUACAACACACAGGAGGGGGUCAUCCAGAUUGAUGGCCACGACGUGGAGAAUGUCACCAUUGACAGCUUGCGGCAGCACAUUGGUGUGGUACCCCAGGACACGGUGCUGUUCAAUGAGACACUCAUGUACAAUUUGAAGUACGCCCGGCAAGAUGCGACAGAUGAAGAUGUGUUUGCAGCGUGCAAGGCUGCCAGUAUACACGACAAGAUCAUGGGAUUUCCAGAUCAGUAUGAUACCAAAGUGGGCGAGCGCGGUCUGAGACUCUCGGGAGGCGAGAAGCAACGUGUCGCCAUUGCUCGUACCAUCAUCAAGAAUCCGCGCAUCAUCCUGCUCGAUGAGGCCACUGCUGCGCUGGAUACCGAGACGGAAGAACACAUCCAAGAAGCACUGAAGACACUCGCGCACGGUCGGACGAUGCUGGUGAUUGCUCACCGACUGAGCACCAUCACCAUGUGCGACCAAAUCCUAGUCCUGCAUCAGGGCAAGGUGGCGGAACGUGGCACACACACGGAACUGCUGGGACAGAGGGGCAAAUAUGCCAGCAUGUGGAGGAAGCAAGUACGGGCACAGCGAGCGGCAGAAGAGGCCAAAGUGCUGAAAGAGAAGGCCGACAGGCUCCGGCGGGAGAGCAUGGAUAGCAGCGCGGUUCGUACUCGGCAGAGCAAGGAUGAAGAUACGCCCCCCAGCAGUGACGAGGAUGAGCACGCACGCAAUAAGCAACCGGCAGAAUACGGUGGUGGUGGAGGUAGUGGUAGUAGUGAGCUGCAGAGUGCACUCUCCUUGUCGCCGAAAUCGGCCAUUCCGCAUGCUCACAUCUCUUCGGUGCUGGGGGGAGGUCGGGGAGAUACAGGCACGGAUACGCGACCGCAGCUCGAGGCAUUGAGGAGCGGUACCGUACGGUCACCCUCGCCGGUGGUGGAAGAAGAAGGACCUACUCGAAAGCCAGCAGCAGCAGCAGCAGCAGCACCGCCACGACCAGCAGGACAUCCUUAGUCAGGACUGAUGGAGAUGGAAACUUUUACAAGGGGUCUGGUGGCGGAGCAGCGAGUGUAUGGAUGGCUGCGUGAUGUUUACAUUGAUGCAGAAGGACGGGAAGCAGAGAGAAGAAGGAUCAGAAAAGGCUGCUGACUGAGCAAGCGCGUGAUGAUGAUAGAUGAGAAGAAAGUGCGCCUCCAAAGUUUCAGGCUUGGUAAAGGACGGGCAUUGCAAAAGCAUCAACUUAAUU